GGCAACCCAACGCACAGGGCUGGCAGGCAGCACAGCAGGCAGCAGCAGGCUCGGAGCUCGUGGCUCGGGCUUGUGGUGCGGUUGUGCUGGUUGUGCUGUGCUUGCAGAGAGAGAGAGGACAGAGAAAAGAGUGAAGAUGGCAUCUGGGUGUUGUGGAGCCAAGAAGCAGAAACUGAACAAUUCCUCGAGUGUAACAUGCAACGGGCACUCGGGGACGGGCACCGGGACGUCCGUCGUUCCCAACGGACUCGAUAACGGCAUCGUAGCCCAGCCAGAAAUGGGAUUUUUCUGCUUCGAUGUUUUGUAUUGUCACCUGCACAGUCUGGAGCCACCAAAGAACCCAAACUUCUGCAAUGAUUCCUAUCCCCUCUUUGUGACAUGGGAAAUUGGAAAAGAUCGGCGGCUGAGGGGCUGUAUUGGUACAUUCUCUGCUAUGAACCUCCACUGUGGUCUACGUGAAUAUGCUAUCACGAGCGCGGUCCGCGACUCCCGCUUCAGCCCCAUCACGCCCGAGGAGCUGCCGCGCCUGCGCGUGGCCGUCUCCAUCCUGCGCCACUUCGAGGACGCCCAGGACUACCUGGACUGGACGGUGGGCGUCCACGGCAUCCGCAUCGAGUUCCUCAACGAGAAGGGCAACAAGCGCUCGGCCACCUACCUGCCCGAGGUGGCCCCCGAACAGGGCUGGGACCGCAUCCAGACGAUCGACUCGCUCCUGCGCAAGGGCGGCUUCAAGGGCGCCGUCACCCCCGAGUUCCGCCGCACCAUCAAGCUGGUCCGCUACCAGAGCGAGAAGGUGGCCGUCGCGUACCCGGACUACCUGGCCAACUGGCGCAGCCCCCACCGCCGCUGCUAGCCCACGCUCCGGGGCGGCGGCGGCGCGCGCCCUCACCACCACCACCACGCCGCCGACGCCGCCCUCGACCUGACCGCCGUCGACGAGCGCCUGUCGCGCCUGCAGCUGCUGCAGCAGCGCCAGCACGCCUCCGAGGCCGCGGGCGACCGCUACCGGAGGACGGCACUCCCAGGGGCGUCGUCGUCGUGGACUUCCAGGACCGCCGGCGAGCACCACGGCCUCGGCCACUCCAGCUGCAUAAAGACCGUCGUCGCCACGCUCCCGCGCCCUGGGUCCCGCCAGCGCGCCAGCCGGCCACGGCCCACCUACCACCCACUGCCGCCUGACCACGUCGUCGCCGGCCUCGCCGCGCUCCCCUGCCACGCCUCUUGGACGCCGUCCUGGUCGGCCGACACCUGGGACGUGCGUCCCGGACCACACACGUUCUCCAGCUUCUCCCCCGAGGCGAGCACGAGCACCCUCUCGAGGGACAGGAGCCGGAGCUGGGCGGGUGCUGGCGGCGUGGGAACUGCCGCCUCAGUAAGCCUCGUACCAGAGUGGCACUACUGUGAUCUCUCUUAGCGACCUUCAACGGCGCUUGCGUUUAAGGAGAAAUUUUUUUCUUUCAUUUUAUAUAUUAUCAUCUCAAUUGACGUGUUGUCUUUUUAACAAUUGUUGUGCGAUUGUUAAUUCAGUGAUUAAUUUUGUGAUCCAUGUGUUUUAUGUGGCUUCCUGACAUGAGGUAUUAAUGGACACUGCCUGUUUGUAGCUAUGUUGUGCUGCUCUCACCGUUCUAUAUGCCACGUCAUCAGUAAAUGGUGAAACAAUCUGAUAGCAAUGCUCAAAAGUUCCACCACUAUUUUAUUGAUCUGUUAGCUACUUCAAACAUUCAGUAAAAUUUACUUUUUUAAUGACUGUCAGAGAUCUGGAGACUUUAUCCACGCAUGUCACUGGAAACCAAGUGACAACCAUCAACUGCCAGAAAAAUAGGCACUGGGUGCUUAAACAGAAAUGCAAAAAGAAAUGAUUUUCUUUAUCAUGAAUACAUUAUAUUGUGAAGGUUACUCUUGAUCAAAUUUGGAAUAUUUUAGGAUUAAUGGCUUUAAUCUAUUUCUGAAAAGAAAAACAAAACAGAAAAAAAAUACCUAUGCUAAUGCUAAGUAUAAUUACAAGUACGUCGUCAUGUUUCUUCUCCUAUUAAACAUAGGCUAUUAAUUUGAAAAGUGUCGCCCUUCCUGGAUAUACAAUUUAUCCAUUGCUGUUAACAAGAUUCCAGCCGCACACUUGUCAAAGUGUAAUUGUAUGAAUUUACCUGUGGUACUAAAUGCCCUUUGUCUACUUUUCCCAACUGCUUUGUUCUGAUUUCCAGUUCCAGUUAACAAUUUUGUUAUGAUUUUUCUCUCCGUGAAUAUUUUUUCAACUUUCUGCAAUAUUAGUUUUGUUUGAAAAUUUUGUCAUUGUUUGGCAUCUUAAAUGUCAAAAUAUUUUUUUUUAGAUUCCAAUAUUUUUAUCUUUAUUAGUUUAGUUUUGAAAAGAUAAUGGGUCAUAGGAUCAGUUUGGUUUUGUUUCUUCAAAACAGUGAACUGUUUCCUUGACCCAGACCAGUAUUUUGAUAUUCUGUCAUUUUCAACAAAUGUUAAUUGUUGCUCCUGUGGAGCAAAAAUGUUUUGCACCUUUUGCAAACAAAAUGUUGCACAUUUAAAGCAAUUUCAGAAUGAAAUGUUGACUUGUUUCAACAUCUACCUCUGUAAUGGCCGUAACAUCUGUACUUGUGUCCAUUCACUGCCAUUUUUAUCAAGACAUUGUUCUACAGUUUUCCAUGAAACUGUUGUGUUAUUGUCCUGUGUCUCAUUUAGUUCUGUUUCUGUUAUGAGUACUUAUACAUCUUUUAUUCCAGUGAAACUGCCACAAUGUCUUAGAACUUAGAACUGAAACGUGUACAGGCCUUACAAUUUGUCUGCUGUAAUCGUCUCCUCUGUACUUACAAUUCAGCCAACCCAUCUAUUCCAGGGAUUGCUAUGUGAAGGAUUGACAGACAUUUUUGCACUGUUAACAAUCUAAUCAUUCUAAACAGAACCGUACGCUCAUUCAUUAUGUCAGGCAGUCUUGUCCAAUCUGCCUUAAAAUAAGGAGUCACGACAUCUACAAGUUCAAGCAGUAAUCUAAUUCAGAGCCAACUUUAAUCCAAUUUGUGUUACAACAAUUUAUAAAGUAGUCUAGAAAGAGGUAGAUUUUUCUCAAUUUCUGAUAGCUUUUUCUUAUAAAGUCUAUUUGCCAGCAUAUUCUGUGUGUACAUGUGUAUAUGAGUUCUUUAAUUUUGAUUACCAUUGAUUUUUAUUAAUUCUGUGUGCACCAUGAUUGGACACUGUCUCCAUUAUUUAGUCCUCUUUUUCUAAUGAGUGCGUGAAUGUGUGGGACGGGUGCAACCAGAGUGGUAGUUAAAGACAAUGACUGUAGUUUCUGUAAAUUCGUGUUUGACAAGGAAGUGCUUUCUGUGCUGGUGGUGUGGAGUAAGCUGCAGUUUUAAUUAGUCUCCCUGCUACCCACCAAUCAUUUAAAAAAAUAAAAAAUAUUUUUUUUAUCAGUAAUGUCACAUUUAGUCUAAAUCAGACAGGCUUUUUUCCCAUUUGAUAAUCUUCCCAUCACAGCAAAUUUAAAGAUUUAAAUUAGACUUCUGUAAGUUUUAUCAAAGUGGAGAGAUGCCCUGAGUGCUGCCACCAUCUCACCCCACUGUGCUAUAAUUAUUAGGAUUUAUUUACAAAGCACAAACUUAAGUAGCUGAAAACUUGUUUCCUUUAAUGUCUAUUCAUUUAAGUACUAACUUUUGUAUACUAAGUCCAUCCAAGUGAAAAACUCAAUAUGUAUGUGAUGUCAUGUUUGCUGUCUUUACAAGUAUGUUGUGAUAAUUAAAAUGUCUUGUGUUCAGACAACAUUCUCCAACAGAUAAUGCAUACUUCAAUUUAUUUGCUUUAGCUGUUGUGAGGGUUUUGCUGCAACAAGACUUCCUUGUAUCUUUCUUGACAUAAUUUGUAACAUUUUCUUCACUUAUAUUGAAGUACCCAAAGAAAGUCCUAAUAUUAUAUCGACUAAUAUUUUCACUAUUUUUGGGCGGGUGGUAUUUUUGUGCUCUCGUGUGUUACCAUAGCCAAGUAUCUUGUGUAAAAUCUUACGAUACAAAUAAAUGAUUUUUUUAAAUGUA